UGCAUACUGACUUCCGCCCCGCUUGGCUCUCCCUCCCUAGUCUGCAUCAGCCGGCGAGCAGCUAUUAUGACAGGAUGAUACAGUAUCACACGGAGCCACGACGAGCUGACUUAAAAACUUAAUUUGGACAGUAGGCGGAUGUCGUGUGCGGUUGAUACAGGUAGAAGGAUUUGGGGAAACGGAGGAAGACGCGAAUGUAUGUUUUGAUGCAAUGGGAUUUGCUACUUUGGUAUGAAGAGGCGGACCUAUGAGACGCUGCGAGUUCAAUAUGCUGAAGCUUUCCCCGGUGUUUGUAUACUGUACGUGGAAGUACAGAGACUAUUUUCUUCCAACUCACAGGCCUACGUAAGGAUUUAAUACAGCAGGAUAUUAUUUUGUAGCUCACGGAUAUCCACGGUAAAACAAAAAAGGCUACUACCAUUUUUUUUGUUGCCUGUUUUUGUUUUGGACAGGGAAUUCCUUUAGAUAGGCUGCAUGUGCUUUGCUCUUUGGCUGUCUGUAUUUUUGUUUUGUUUGGUAGCUAUUAUUUUUUAAAACUGAUACAUUUAGAUAUGGGGGUCUGGCUUGUAGCUCGCAGCAGGCACCCCACUGAAACAGCCUGUAAAGCCAUUAGAGGCUAGGCUAUUAGUUUUGUUUAGGGUUCUCCUUUCAAAGUACUUUGGCUUCUCGCUGGCCCACGAUGAACUAUUAUUUCGUGGGUGUUUUUCACGCUCCUGUGAGGUUUUGUGACAGCAAUGACUGCUCCAGUUUUAGCUGUUAGCCGGUAGGUUUUGCAAACUAGUCUGCUGCGUAAGUUGGUGCAUUUUCCAGGUGUCUUUUUUUCCCUUCUUGUGCCACCACCGUAUUUAUACUUCUGCCAAAAAAUAAAAGACUAAUUUUUUUUAUUUCUUUUUUUUUUUUUACUGCCUUAUUGAUGUGUUUUCCAGUCUGAACGCGACAUCAUUUUUUUGUUGUUGUUGUCGGGAUUGCCGCCCCCCCGCGUGUGGUUUAAAUCCCCCACUCCCGGUCCCACGGAUACGAAUGACCAGAUUUUCACCAUCUUUUUCCACCAUGAGUUACAUCCACAAGGUACUGAAUGUAUUGCUACGUGGACUCGUCAUCUAUGCGGUACUGGGCUUGGAGUGCACUUACUCGAAUGAUCUACCCAACCACUCGUCUGAUGCUGCAAAUGUAGCCACCACAGCAGGUGGUGUGUUCGCUGACUUGUUCUCUAAUCUGCUUCCAUGUCACCUCAUCCUGGUCUGCUUGUUGAGGCCGCCGCCUGCGCUGCCAUUCAGGACCCCUGUCUUAUAGUGAUGCCGCCAUGCGUUGGCGAAGCCGACCGCUUCAGUCUGGAGGCGCUGCGGCACAUCCACAAACAGCUGGAUGACGACAAUGACGGGGGAAUAGAGGUCAAUGAGAGUGUGGAGUUUAUAAUAGAAGACAUGAAGCAGCAGCAAACCAACAAACACAGCAACCUGCAUCGUGAAGACCAGCACAUCACUGUGGAGGAGCUGUGGAAGGCCUGGAAGACCUCUGAAGUCCACAACUGGACCACGGAGGACACCGUGCAGUGGCUGAAGGAGUCUGUGGAGCUGCCGCAGUAUGAGAAGAACUUCCGGGACUUCCCGGUCACAGGGAACACCUUACCACGAAUAGCGGCAAAUGAACCGUCGUUUAUGUCGAUGCAGCUGAAGAUAUUAGACCAGCGGCAUAAACAAAAACUAAACCUAAAGGCACUAGAUGCAGUGCUUUUUGGCCCUCCUCUCCGUCCACAACAUAACUGGAUGAAAGACUUUGUCCUCAUGGUUUCCAUAGUGAUUGGUGUCGGGGGCUGCUGGUUUGCCUAUGUGCAGAACAAGUCCAGCAAGGUGCACAUCUCUCAGAUGAUGAAGGAUCUGGAGAGCCUGCAACAUGCUGAGCAAAGCCUCUUAGACCUGCAGAGCCGGCUGGAAAAGGCUCAGGAGGAGAACCGGACGGUGGCCGUGGAGAAGCAGAACCUGGAGCAGAAGAUGAGGGAUGAGAUCACCGGCGCCAAAACAGAGGCUCACAGGCUUCGAGAGCUGCGAGAGGGUGCCGAAUGCGAACUCAGCCGCCUCAAAUAUGCAGAGGAAGAGCUUGUACAGGUGCGAAAAGCUCUAAAGCGAGCAGAGAAGGAGAUGCAGUCGGAGCGGUCGGUGCCCGAAGCGCUUCAGAAGUGGCUCCAGCUCACGCACGAGGUCGAGGUUCAGUACUACAACAUCAAGAAACAGAAUGCAGAGUUUCAGCUGUGCGUCGCCAAAGAUGAGGCAGAGAAAAUAAAAAAGAAAAGAAGUUCUGUGUUUGGAACUCUUCAUGUAGCCCACAGUUCAUCGCUGGAUGAGGUGGACCACAAGAUACUAGAAGCAAAGAAAGCCCUGUCAGAGGUAACGGCAUGCCUGAGGGAGCGUCUGCAUCGCUGGCAGCAGAUCGAGAAGCUUUGCAACUUCCCUGUUGUCAAUAACUCGGGGCUGCCGAGCCUGACAGCCAGCCUCUACUCAGACCACAGCUGGGUGGUCAUGCCGCGAGUCUCGGUGCCUCCCUACCCCAUCGCAGGGGGAGUGGAUGACCUGGACGAGGACACGCCUCCCAUCAUUCCGCAGUUCCCAACGGCCACGAUGAUCCGGCCCUCGCUGACCCGCAGCAGCAGCCUGUGUCGUUCCCGCCGGAGCCUGCUAAGCUCUCCGCAGUCCUCGCUGAUGUCCGCGGACCCCGACCUACUGUCCAUGGCCAGCUCUUCCCUCUCCUAUCGCCCCGAGGCAGACGACGAACAUAUCAUGUUCAGCUCGGAUAGGAGGGGGUAUGUAGCGGUGGCCGGAACACCGCGGAAUGGUUUUACAGUUUGGACUCACAGGGAAGCGUCACAGGAGGGCAGCUCCGACACAGACUCCCUCAACUCCUCCAUGGGCCGCAAGCAGCUGCACAACACCUGCGUGCCGGGCUCAGACACCCCAUACCGCAAGAUCUCCCGCGAGGAGCUGCUGCUGUUUGGCCAGAGUCCGGAGCUUCCCGCGUCCACCCACACCAGCAGCAGCAGCAGCAGCAGUCUCAGGGACUCCACGCCUCCCCCUCUGCCUCCAACCCCGGCCACCACCCCCUCUGGUCCACCCUCCACCUCGCCUUCCCCGGCCUUGGAGCACCACCCCUUUGCACACAGAGGCUCGCCCGACCUAACCCGCAUCAUACCAGAGUCCCAAAGCGCAACCUUCUCACAGGGGAACGUAACCUCUCCGACUGGCAAGGGCAUGUAUAACGGCAUCCUGGAGAAGUCCUACAGCUUCGGCCAGCUGCCCGCCAGCAUGCAGCCCAACGUGGGGCGCUACCCGUCUCUUACCUCCCUGGACUCGGAGGGACGGAGCAUGGGAAGGGAACACAAGCUCCAGAGCACCUCCUCCCAGGACUCCAGCGACAAUGGAGAGAAAAUCAAGCGCUCCUCCUCUAAAAUUAAAAGCUUAUUUAAGAAGAAGAAAUAAAACUUGCAGAAUGAGAAAUAGUGUGAGCGAGACAGAGAAAAUAAAAUGUAAAGAUUGUUUUAGCCCUAAUAUUAAAAAAUGGACAUCACUGAAAGCUAAAACAUUUCAUUUUCUCUCUUAUUUUUCAUCUUUUUGUCGUCAAAGAUGGAAUGUAGCUCAGUCUGGGUGCCUUUAAACGCCUCAGACUGGUAGCCUUAUUUUUCAAUAAUGUCAUUUUAUUUAGUCCACUUAUAGCCUCACAGGGAAACCUGAGAUGGUCAAGGAAAGGUCAAAGCUCAUGAUCGUUGUCAUCCAGGCAGCCAAAACGCGUGACCUGUUUACUGUCUUCUAUUCAUUUUGGUUUGAGUUUCAAACCGAAAAGCCACUUUGUGUAGCUGUCUAAAGGUGCAGUCCAUAAAUGUGUUCUUAAGUACACAAGGUCCAGUGUUUCACUGUCGAUGUGUACUCCAGACUGACUAGUGCUGUUGCUGCUGAAACAGCAGUAACAGCAACACCUGAAUACCACCCAGAAAAAAGGCUCUAAGAUUUCUUAAAAACAUAAUUUUGACGUUGUCUUUCUAAAGCGUUCUAACUACUUCUCUCCGUUCAAAUUAUGGAUUGCAUCUUGCAAAAGUGUUUGAGUCCUAAACUCGUGUACUUGAUUAAUUUCCUUUGAGAAACAAAAGAAUCCUGCUAAAAGUUUGUUGCACUACUGCUUUCCUGGUAUUUUGGGAAGGCGCCGCUGCUUGCGGAGUACAUAUUGAAUAAAGAUAUAGAGAUGAGAUUAAUACAUGGGCAGCGGCAGUGGAGAUGCAGUAACAUAAUGCCAGAGCCAAUAUUAUCUGAUGCAUCUUCAACGCCACUACUUAUGGAUGUCUCAAUAUAUAUAUAUAUACAUACUAUAUACACACACUUUGUUUUCACAUUAUUAUGUUCCUAUAGAUGUUUUAAAUAGAUUUAUAUCAGUGGGUGUUCUUAUGAACUGAAAGUUUAUUGAUUAUGCAGAAUCAACCCGUACGAGUCAUUUUCCCUGUAAUCUGUCCCAUAUUACUUGAUUUACUGUGUCCUGUAGCCAUACCAACGUACCAUUUCCACUUUUUUGUCUUAAAUAUCCUGUCACCUCAGUAGAAUUUGGGUGUUACUAACAGAUUUUGGCCAAAUUGUCUGUGCAAAAAAUUAUUUUUGUGGUUGGAGUGGAGUAUUUGUGCCACAUUUAAUCUUACACAAGACUGCAGCUGACUACACUGUCUUUGCUGUAUUGUUUUGAUGUGACCUGUACCAUCUGUGUUGCUCUAAGACCAGCACUUAAGGAUUAUCUGUAUUAAAAAAUUACUUGGUCCAGAUCUGAUCAAUACCCCCCCCCCCCCAUUACAUCCACUAAGCUCGAAGCAGACCCAUGCAAUAUGGCACCUUUCCCAUUCCCCACCUCAGGGCCCGCACCGAGCGCACUGAUGUCAAGAGCUUCUGCUUCACACUGUGAUUUCUGCCUUCUUCCCUUCAUCCCUGGACCUGGCUGUCACUGCUGCAAUUUAAACACGACCCGUCAUGUGACGACUGUGACAGAGGCGGUGAAAUGUCAGGUUGGGUGAAAGGGGGGCGUGGUGCCGUGUACGAGGUGUGUCUGGGUGACAGAAUGACGUGAGGAUCCAGAGGGCUCUGUUUUUAAAGAAAAAAUAAUAAUAUAUUGGAACUUUGUGGCAACACAGCACACAAUGAAGGAAAAAGACGACGGAACUGCAGGACGAGGAGAAGAUGAAUGUUUACGAGACAUUAGGUUUUUUGAGAACAUUUUGUGUGUGAAUAUUUGUAUACUGUAGAAGAAUUAAUAAAAAAAAAUGGAGGCAAUCGUA